AUGGUUGAGGCCACAAGCGAAAAACCUAAGGUUAACGGUCGACAUGCAGAUGGAACAGACGCAGACCGGAAGAGUCAUCCUCGGAUUCUGAAUCCAGACCACGACCACAAGGACGACGUUGUUGUGCAACAAGUCACAGAAGUUCUUGGACCCGAGGAUGUCUUGGACACAGAAGAUGUAGUUGGAGAGAAAACCACAAAGGAUGAGAAUAUACUGAGCGACAAAUCAGCUUCAGCCAAUGAGGGAGCCACCCUGGAAAACGAUGUCUUGGAGAACAGAUCAGACUCAGCUAGUGAAAGAACGAUACUUCAAGAGAAAAAUGAUUCCUCUACCUCUACACCAUCAUCAAAAGAAGAUGAAGUCUUGAAUGGCAAACCAGAAGCCGCCGAUGCCCAUCAUCACGAUGUUGGACAUAAAGAAGCAACAAUUCAUCCUCAUGAUGUCCGACUUGGAGGCCCAUCAUUUCACUCUGACAAUGUUGGAAGUGGAGAAUUAUCAAUUGGUGAUCAUAGUGUCCGACAUACUCAGGAACAUGGAAACGAUGUUGAUAGGGACGACUUGGGAUCGAGUCUGAUUAUUGUUGACUGGUUUUGCAACAUGGCAGACCCUCUUUUCAGAUUUCCGAUUUCCCGAUUCGAACCGAUGAGCAUGACACGAGGCUUAGGACGUCCUUGUAUCAAAACUCCCGCUAUCAGUAGCGUACUUGAGGAUGAAACUUGCACUGAGCACCUGGAGAGUAUAAUGACUGAGGACAGCCUACCUCCUACAACAGCAGGCCAGACAACUCAAAUCCUUCUACAAGCCUCGGACAACCAAAGUGCGAUCGAAGAUACGUAUGAAAUUCUUGCUGGACUCAGGCCAGAAGCCGAGGAAUCCUUCAUGCAGCAAAGCGUAUACUCUCUCUGGGAUUUUGUUAACAGCCGCCCUCAUCCUUUGGAGAAUUACCGACCUUCCCACUCACUCACGGCCUUGGGAGCAAUGGACACAUUCCAAUCUCUUUUAUCCCUUGAAGGAUCGCAAACUUUUAGUCCGAAGGAUGUCUUCACUUAUUGCUUGUGUCGAAAACUUGGCUUACUCCGUCCCGCAACACUUGAACCUGCUUCACCAUUGGGAGUGCUCGUCCCAUGUGGAAUGUACUGGAACUUGCCGUACAAUGAUGCUACAAGAUUACAACUAAAAUCUCAAGUAUUCGAGUCUAUUUGGACAAGAUUGUUCGCCAUCGAGGUAGUGCGCUGCUCCCUACGUUCAUUCUACAAGAGUGACUUCUUUCAUGGGACGAUGAUACCAACACCGUAUGUCCGUACUCUCAACAACUAUCUCGCCGUCAACUAUAAUUACCUCCUCAGAUGUGCCGAUUUCGACCCGCAUCCAUUCUUCCAAACCGUGUCGAACUUCUUGAAAUCCGAUCCAGCAAAAGCAAAACCUUCGGAAAGUGGUAAACUAAGCGGAGAAAUUGAACUACUUUUGCGAUUCAUGGUCCGCAUGAAAAGCGAUCAUAGACUGACGUUCAAUAUCCCAUCUCUCCAACCCAUACUCAAUGGGGACCUGAUCAUCGCCACAGCCAACGUCUUAUUGUUCAUAGCAGUCGAGGGUGCUUCCCCUUAUGGUGCAUGUCAUUUCCCAUACCGCCUGAAACGCAAAAGCAGGUUCCUCAGCAUCGUCACCCUCAAAGCCGGCAUCAUCGAAUUUGACAAGGACGGUAAUCAAACUUUAAGAGAUAAAGUCGCUCACAGAGGAAAGAACCUGAAAUGGAGGGCCAAAAUCAAAGAGCAUCGGAGAAACUUCCAGAAGUACAAUUUUCCACAUCGAGUCAAGGAUGAAAAACUCAAGGUUGCGGUUGAUGACCCGAAUCAUUGGGCUUUGACUACACCUUGGGAACAUCGUCCUAGGGUUUGGAACAGAGUCAUACCCCCCCGAGCUCAACCCUACUAUACACAUGAACACAUUCACUAA